AUGAAACGAGUAGUACUUGUCUUCCUACUUUGCUCCAUUUUUCUUACAAGCACCGCCCUUUCCCAAGCCACCACAGCCUGUCCUUCAACUACUGUUGUUGAAUGCUCCCUCUCCUCUAACAGUCUGAUUCCACCUCGCCGUGAAGUGUCCGGAAAUGGUCGAAUCAUUGACAUUACUCACCUAUACACGCCGGAUAUGCCUUCCUAUCAUUCUGUGGAUGGGGUGGGGCAGUUCCUCUGGCUCCUUGAGGACAUGAAAAAUGGUUCGGUUGUUAAUAUGUCUGUGAUGAAACUGCUAGCUCACUCCGGCACCCAUGUUGAUGCCCCUAGCCAUGUCUUUGAUCAGUACUACGAUGCAGGGUUUGAUAUUGAUACACUUGACUUGGAUGUGCUUAAUGGUCCAGCAUUGUUAGUUGAUGUUCCAAGGGAUAAGAACAUAACUGCUGAAGUGAUGAAGUCCCUAAAUAUUCCAAAGGGAGUACGUCGUGUGCUCUUCAGAACAUUAAAUACUGACAGGCGGCUUAUGUUCAAGAGUCAAUUCGACACAAGCUAUGUUGGAUUUAUGGAGGAUGGAGCUAAGUGGUUGGUGGAGAACACUGACAUCAAACUUGUUGGAAUUGAUUAUCUAUCUGUUGCUGCAUUCGAUAAUUUGGUUUCAUCCCACCUUGUUUUUCUAGAAAGCAGGGAAAUCAUCCUCGUGGAAGCUCUAAAACUUGAUGACGUCCAACCGGGGAUAUAUUCAGUCCACUGCUUACCUUUGAGGUUGCAAGGGGCAGAAGGAUCACCAAUCAGAUGCAUUCUUAUCAAAUGA